GUUGACUAACCAAAGACCGAUGGCGCUCGGAUCAGUUCGUUUUGUUGUCAUCAGCCACAUUUACACUAAGUUGUUUUUACCAGGUUUUUAGUGGUACCUUUAAUUUCCUAUUCCUCCAUUUAGCCCCGAUUCAGUCACAGAAGAUGAGAAGGAUGAUGCGGACCGUUCACAAAAAAUUUCCAAACGAAUAGCACGAGUGACAGUUGCCGUUGCUGGCUACUCACGACAUUUCAGGUAGCGACAGUUAUUAAAUGGUGAUUAUCAGUGCCAUGGAGAGGAGAAUCAAAUUGAAAACAUUGAACAGUCACAUAACAUGCAAGAUAUGCAGGGGCUACUUGAUAGAUGCCACCACUGUCACAGAGUGUUUACACACGUUUUGCAAAAGUUGCUUGGUAAAACAUUUAGAGGAGAAGCACACUUGUCCGGCAUGCCAAAUAGUGAUACAUCAGUCGCAUCCACUUCAGUACAUAAGCUUCGACAGAACUAUGCAAGACAUCGUCUACAAAUUAGUUCCUGACCUUCAAGAGAAUGAAAUUAAAAGGGAAAGGGAAUUUUAUAGAGCAAGGGGUUUACCCUGUCCGAAAGAUGUGCUACCCAAUGCUGCAGAUGUAGAAGAAGAGAAAGCAACCACAGACGCACAUGCAGAAUCAGACUAUCAUCGUGCAGAUGAACAGGUCAAUGUUUGUUUGGAAUGUAUAAAUACAAGUUUAAAGACACUAAAACGAAGAUUCAUCAGGUGUUCUGCCCAAGCAACUAUUACACAUUUGAAAAAGUUUAUUGCCAAGAAAGUUCUUAACGGGAUGGAUAAAUAUCGGGAUAUUGAUAUUUUGUGCAAUGAUGAACUGUUAGGUAAGGACCAUACAUUAAAAUUCGUUUACGUGACGAGAUGGAGGUUCCGGGACCCACCUCUAAGGCUACAAUAUAGACCACGAAUAGACAUCUAAGACUAAUAUUUCUGUGUUCGAUAAAAAUCACAAAGAAUCUGUACCUACUUUAUACGUUUCCUAGUUCUAUUCGUGUAUCGACCAUCGGUAGUACUUAUUUCUGUGUUCUCGCACAGCUGGAACUUGAGAUUGAAUUUUCAAACGCGGAAGACCGUUUCUUGCGACAGAGAAAGGACGAAAGGAAAAUGGCUUUAGACUUACACCUUUCUACCUUAUCACUUUAAAGCAGAAUUACCAAUAGUCAUUUAGCACAACGUAUUUGUAAAAAUAGGGAAUCCCGUCAGUAUACACACUUAAUUAUAUCCUCCUUUGUUCUAUUCGAGUAAGCUAGUGGUUCGAAUCGUUUGCGUGUUGUCACAAAGUGAGUUACAUUAACUCGACUCUUUAUCGUUGAUUCGGUACGUUACGUUUUACUCGAGCAUAGGGUUUUCUUUUUGUGUAAUUGUAGUAGCGUAAGUAGAUCAAGCACGGAACGCGACACUCCGCGGCGAUGCGAGGGAAAGAAAGUCGCGUCUGUUGAACUCCGCGGUUGUCGCGGGACGGUGUGCGUUGUCUCAACGGACGUUUUCGGUUCGCAACGUUACGUCACGUUG